GGAAGCGCAGAUUGAUGAGGAAGCAAAUUGGAUCAGAAGUCGUGCGGGAAGAAUACUCGAUGCCGAGUCGGUCCGUCGCUGGGCCAGUCCUCGUCUCGUGAUCUCGUGAUCUCGUGAUCGACGGGCGAGAUGGCGUGCGCACAACGUUUCUCUCGCGGGACAGUGGAUGUGCUGAGGGUGUGCUCGAUUGUCUGACGCGGUGCAAACGUGACGAGCGAAAGGAUCCAAGCUCGCAGCGCAGGUGGUGGGCGAAUUAUGGACGUGGUGAGAUGCACGCUUUCCUCUCUGGCAAUCCGUAAUUUGGGGUCGUCCUCGAUCGAUUUUCGGACGCCGCGUGUGUCGGUUCUCUCCUCCAGCCGAUUGCAGUGCUCGAAGGCAGCCGGUGGUGGUCGGCAGCCGCGAUGGCGAUGGCGAUGGCUCGACGCAGGAGUGAAGCCUGGACGCGCCAGAGCUGCCGCAACUGAGAGUACGUUCGGAGAGAUGGACGGGAUCGGCCGUGGCAGUAUGCCAAUCGAUGGUAGACGCUUCCCGUUUCUCUCUCGGGCGGGUCAGAAUGUUAUGACGAAUGUGUGCUCGAUUCUGGAGCAGGAGCUUGGCCCUUUUCUGAAGAGCAGCACCACACCCUCUGACGUUAGGUAUUUUAAAAAUGAACAGGGCAAUGCCGAGGGUUCGGUUUUUUUGCGAGCUGGAAAUGACUCCAAGGUGGAUUUCACUCUGGAAUCUUGGCUUCACGCAACACUGCCUUUCGGGACUCUAGAUAUUGCUACGUUGGUGGUCAUGCUGGGUCCCGAGACAGAUUCACCACACUUUUUGUUUGAGUUCAUCCAAAGUGGUCCGAGCCUUGUGGUCGUUCUGGAUCAUCUUCCGAGAAAGGACCUGGUGAUGGAGGCGGAAUACCAGAAACGUUUUUACGAAGAUCCAGAUCUUGACAAGAUAAGGCAGCUAUUCGAAACGGCUCCCGAAUCCAAGCCCUACAUUUCUUCUGUGCUGUUCAUCCGAAGCGUUGUGUCACCUACAGCUGUGUUGUACAAAUUGAGUUCCAGUACACAGGUAGAUGGUGGCGGUUUGGAGGAACAAAUCGAAAAUGUGGUCUAUCCUGGGUCUGAAAAAAUGGUCAAGGAAUGGGUUGAAUCCUUUCGUACUCGUGGCCUGCCAGUGACAAAUGUCGAUGACAUGGUUAAGAGAGACAACCAGAUCAAGACGUUGGGGAUAGAAGUUGAUCUCUCAGUCAAUCUUCCACGUUUGUUUGGACAGGAGAUUUCAGAUCGAAUCGUCCAUGCAUUCAGGACAUCGGGAUGUUCGAAGACCUGACUGAAGUUUGUUUCUGUAACGUAAGGUCCGUGUUGUCAGCUGGAGGGUGCUUUGACGCCGCAAUUUUGCAAGGGCUGGAUUGCGGGACUGUAAUCAUACAUGUACAUAAGGCACGUCUUCCGAGACUUAUAGCGACAUAGAUACCAGCUGAAGCUCUUCAAGAAUCUUUUCUGACCAAUGUUGGGCUCUGUGGCAUGCCAAGAACUUUCAUUGUACAAACUGCACACCUUCUCACAUGUACCUUUAUUGGUCAGUUGUAUAGAUUGAAUUAGUUCAAAAGACUUGACCACCUGGAUGGUGGCAUUUCCUUACUUCUUCAACAUGAUUAUACGUUAGUCAUUUGUUGUCUUGAACACGAUGUUCUUGCUCAGUCAAGUUUUUGUCUAGAAUAAGUUGGAGGAAAAGAGUGUUUCUUGCAAUUGGUACGUAGUCAGAGACAGGAUAUAAGCUCCGUGUUACCAUUACUCUAGCUUGAAAGAUCUCUCUCCUGAAUUUGACAUUUGUUGUCUUGAACACGAUGUUCUUGCUCAGUC